AUGCCGGGCGGGCGCGCCGUGCGCGUGCUGAACGUGGCGGAGAAGCCGUCCGUCGCGCGCGCCGUGGCGGAGAUCCUCGCGCGGUACGGCGGCGGCGGAGUGAGGUCGCGCGAGGGGCGGUCCGUGUACAACCGGAUCUUCGAAUUCACCUACACGAUGAACGGGCAGCCAUGUGACAUGGCGAUGACGUCAGUGACGGGCCAUCUGAUGGAGAUGGACUUUCAGGACCCCUUCAGGAAGUGGCACGCCUGCGACCCCCUGCAGCUCUUUGACGCUCCGGUCUACAAGACCAUACCUCAGGACAAGGCAGCACUGGAGGUGACGUUGAGGGAGGAGGCAAGGCGCAGCGACCAGCUGGUGUUGUGGCUGGACUGUGACAGGGAGGGCGAGAACAUUGCAUACGAGGUCAUGCAGGUGUGCUUGUCUGCUAAUUCGCGCCUGGCUGUCUUUCGAGCGCACUUCUCAGCCCUGGUUGACAGAGACAUCCAUCACGCGGCUCAGAACUUGGGCCGCCCCAACUCCAACUUCGCAGACGCUGUUGAUGCGCGGCAGGAGAUCGAUCUGCGCAUAGGGGCCUCCUUCACGCGCUUCCAGACCAUGCUGCUGCAGAACCGCUUCGACCUGCCCUCCCCCUCUGCCGACCGCAAGCCUGUCAUCAGCUACGGACCCUGCCAGUUCCCCACAUUGGGCUUCGUGGUGGAGCGUUAUUGGGACAUACUGGCACACGUGGAGGAGCCCUUCUGGGCCAUCCACUGCCGAUAUGUGCAGCACUCGCCGCCCCCCGCCACCUCCGCUGACUUCUCCUGGCAGAGAGGCCGUCUGUUCGACCACCACAUUGCUGCAACGCUCUUUGAGAUGUGCAUCGACAACCCCAUUGCCACUGUGACGGACGUGUCAGGCAGUGAGCGGCGCAAGUUCCCGCCCUUCCCACUCAACACAGUGGAGCUGCAGAAGCGAGCCUCGAGGUUCCUUCGUAUGGCAUCAGAGCACACCAUGAAGAUAGCAGAGGAGCUGUACCAGCAGGGCUUUAUGAGCUAUCCUCGCACCGAGACUAUUCUCCUUGUGACAAAUUCCAUCCUUCCCAUUGCCCCCUGUCCCGUGCAGAUAGCAGAGGAGCUGUACCAGCAGGGCUUUAUGAGCUAUCCUCGCACCGAGACUAUUCUCCUUGUGACAAAUUCCAUCCUUCCCAUUGCCCCCUGUCCCGUGCAGAUAGCAGAGGAGCUGUACCAGCAGGGCUUUAUGAGCUAUCCUCGCACCGAGACUAUUCUCCUUGUGACAAAUUCCAUCCUUCCCAUUGCCCCCUGUCCCGUGCAGAUAGCAGAGGAGCUGUACCAGCAGGGCUUUAUGAGCUAUCCUCGCACCGAGACUAUUCUCCUUGUGACAAAUUCCAUCCUUCCCAUUGCCCCCUGUCCCGUGCAGAUAGCAGAGGAGCUGUACCAGCAGGGCUUUAUGAGCUAUCCUCGCACCGAGACUAUUCUCCUUGUGACAAAUUCCAUCCUUCCCAUUGCCCCCUGUCCCGUGCAGAUAGCAGAGGAGCUGUACCAGCAGGGCUUUAUGAGCUAUCCUCGCACCGAGACUAUUCUCCUUGUGACAAAUUCCAUCCUUCCCAUUGCCCCCUGUCCCGUGCAGAUAGCAGAGGAGCUGUACCAGCAGGGCUUUAUGAGCUAUCCUCGCACCGAGACUAUUCUCCUUGUGACAAAUUCCAUCCUUCCCAUUGCCCCCUGUCCCGUGCAGAUAGCAGAGGAGCUGUACCAGCAGGGCUUUAUGAGCUAUCCUCGCACCGAGACUAUUCUCCUUGUGACAAAUUCCAUCCUUCCCAUUGCCCCCUGUCCCGUGCAGAUAGCAGAGGAGCUGUACCAGCAGGGCUUUAUGAGCUAUCCUCGCACCGAGACUAUUCUCCUUGUGACAAAUUCCAUCCUUCCCAUUGCCCCCUGUCCCAUGCAGAUAGCAGAGGAGCUGUACCAGCAGGGCUUUAUGAGCUAUCCUCGCACCGAGACUAUUCUCCUUGUGACAAAUUCCAUCCUUCCCAUUGCCCCCUGUCCCGUGCAGAUAGCAGAGGAGCUGUACCAGCAGGGCUUUAUGAGCUAUCCUCGCACCGAGACUAUUCUCCUUGUGACAAAUUCCAUCCUUCCCAUUGCCCCCUGUCCCGUGCAGAUAGCAGAGGAGCUGUACCAGCAGGGCUUUAUGAGCUAUCCUCGCACCGAGACUAUUCUCCUUGUGACAAAUUCCAUCCUUCCCAUUGCCCCCUGUCCCGUGCAGAUAGCAGAGGAGCUGUACCAGCAGGGCUUUAUGAGCUAUCCUCGCACCGAGACUAUUCUCCUUGUGACAAAUUCCAUCCUUCCCAUUGCCCCCUGUCCCGUGCAGAUAGCAGAGGAGCUGUACCAGCAGGGCUUUAUGAGCUAUCCUCGCACCGAGACUAUUCUCCUUGUGACAAAUUCCAUCCUUCCCAUUGCCCCCUGUCCCGUGCAGAUAGCAGAGGAGCUGUACCAGCAGGGCUUUAUGAGCUAUCCUCGCACCGAGACUAUUCUCCUUGUGACAAAUUCCAUCCUUCCCAUUGCCCCCUGUCCCGUGCAGAUAGCAGAGGAGCUGUACCAGCAGGGCUUUAUGAGCUAUCCUCGCACCGAGACUAUUCUCCUUGUGACAAAUUCCAUCCUUCCCAUUGCCCCCUGUCCCGUGCAGAUAGCAGAGGAGCUGUACCAGCAGGGCUUUAUGAGCUAUCCUCGCACCGAGACUAUUCUCCUUGUGACAAAUUCCAUCCUUCCCAUUGCCCCCUGUCCCGUGCAGAUAGCAGAGGAGCUGUACCAGCAGGGCUUUAUGAGCUAUCCUCGCACCGAGACUAUUCUCCUUGUGACAAAUUCCAUCCUUCCCAUUGCCCCCUGUCCCGUGCAGAUAGCAGAGGAGCUGUACCAGCAGGGCUUUAUGAGCUAUCCUCGCACCGAGACUAUUCUCCUUGUGACAAAUUCCAUCCUUCCCAUUGCCCCCUGUCCCGUGCAGAUAGCAGAGGAGCUGUACCAGCAGGGCUUUAUGAGCUAUCCUCGCACCGAGACUGACAGCUUUCCUCCCUCCAUGGACCUCCAGGCCCUGGUAUCGGAUCAGGCCAGCAACAGCGCAUGGGGCGACUAUGCGCAGCGGCUGCUGGACCCAGCAGCCAAUCUGUGGAGGACACCUGGCAGCGGCGGGCAUGAUGACAAGGCGCAUCCCCCCAUCCACCCCACCAGGGCGUCACCACAUGGCGAGCCCAACUGGAGUUCAGAUCACAAGCGCCUGUACGAGCUGGUGGUGCGCCACUUCCUGGCAACGGUAUCGCAGCCAGCUGUGGGCUUUGAGACGAUCGUGACCGUUGAUGUCGCAGGGGAGGCGUUCAGUGCACGCGGGCUCAUGAUCACAGCGCGCAACUACCUGGACGUGUACCGCUACGACUCCUGGGGCGCACACACGCUGCCGGCCUUCCAGACCGGCCAGCAGUUCACCCCCACGGACCUCGAGCUCAGGUCCGGGCGCACCGAACCUCCGCCGCUUCUCUCCGAAGCUGACCUGCUGGGGCUGAUGGAUAAG